AGUAAAAUGUAAUAAAACAUAAAAUCCAAUCGUAAAUUAUAAUAAUGUCUGUUGAAGUGGUUAAAAAUGUCGAGUGAAUUUAUCCAUAACUUCCUUAAUAAAAUCCAUCCCAACUCUGCUGAACGGCACUCUGACAGUUCCGACUUUGAGAUACCAUCCAAAUAUUUCAGAGUUGCAGCUAAAAUAGCAAUACAUACAACUAAGGCUAAAAGAGAAAACAAGAAAAUGAAAAAGGGAGAUAUCGGAGUAUGUAACGAACAUGUCAGGACUCAGUAUUGGAAUAGUGAAAAUAAUCCAUUAGACAUGCCUAAAUCUUUUGAAAGACGAAGUAGAAAACACAAAUGCAUGGAAGCCAAUGAAUGCAGUAACGACCUUUCGUUGUACAUUAGUGAGACACCUAGUAAUCAUUAUGUGAAAAGAAGUCACGGUGAAAUUGAUAUAAUUCGUGAUUUGAGUAACGUAAACCAUGAAAAGCCAGAAAAACUGGUAUGCAGUUCGGAAGAAACAGAAGUUGUAAAUCCAAGUAAUAACAGUAACAGACACAAUAAAUGCACAAAUAGCAAUGGCUUAGAUAAGUUCAAAAUAUGUAAAUCUCAAGCAGAUAGAUCUGGCAUCGUACAGCAAAAGAAUCGCGGCAAAUUGGUUUGGCAUCCGAAGAAGGUUAAAAAAGUUGGCAAGGAUCAUGGAAGUUACACUAUCCGGCCAAUCUAUGUAAUUGAAAGAAUAGAACAUAACAACAAAAGUGUCACAUCCAGUGAAGAAGAAACUUCAGCGCAAACUGCCGCACUUUGCAUCAGUAGUCGUAGUAUUUCAUUUGCUGAGUCGGAGCAAGAAAUAUUUAAAAGAAGCUACCGUGUGCUGUCAUCCGCAGUAUCAAAGCAAAAUGAUGUCCCAAACAAGUCCAUCAAUAAAGAAAACAAUGGAAGCGAUAGCACCAAAAGUGCACAAUAUAAUUUAAAAAGAAAUUUAAGUACACCAGAUCAUAUGUCACCGACGUAUAAAUCAAAAUCCGUGUUAACUGAUCUCAAAACAACAAGCAAACUUACUUCGAGCUCAUCAGCAUUUUGGAAUUUCUUGUCAGAUAAAGUACACAGGAAACGAAAAAUGUGCCCAUGUGAUGCUCAUAUUUCAUGCAUACAAGACAUUUUAGAAAAUAGUAAACCAGUACCAGACAUACAAAAGUCAACAAAUGAAACAACUCUUUCGGAUGUUAAAAUAAGUAAAAUAAAUCAAACUGAGUUUCUAGGAAGAGAUAAAGAUUGUCAGUGUGACUAUGGACCUACUAAGCUUGAAAUUCUUAGUGAUAUAAAUAAAUCAGAAAUUAAGGAACCUAGGGAACUUAAUAAAACCAAAAGUCAAAGAAAACAUGAAGCCAUUGCAAAGGCUUUAUCAGAAAAAUAUAACGGGGAAAUACUAUGUAUUCACAGCCCUCCAUGUGUCCUUUUAAAUGGGUGUUUAAAUAUGGGUUCAAAACAAUCAGGCCACUCACAGUUUUGGCCAGUAAUGACUAAACGCAGAGUCGCUUUUGGUCAUAAGAGUAAGAAGGUAAAGCGAUCUAAGGAGAAAUAUGAGCAGUGUACAUAUCAACCUUCGUUUACGAAACUAGGAGAGUGUCUUCCAGAAUUUAAGAUAGAAAAUAAACAAGCCAAGCGCUCUCCUUGUCAAGUAUUCCAUUUCCAUGGAGCAAAAAGCUUUAAAAUGAAAAAUCCAAAGAAAGAAGCAAGAGACAGUUUAAAUAUUUUGAAAGAUGUGAAUUCAUCUGAGCAAAAUAUGAACACAAAAAUACCCGUGUGCUCAAAAGUAUACGUUGUUGUUAAUACUAACGAGAAUAGCAGUGCUAGGGCAAUUUGUACUCAUAAACCACCAUGUCUGAUGAUACCUAGAUGUUUAGCGAGAUUUAUAACCAAUAACUAUGUCCAAGUGAGCUCAGUACCAGACUGCACCCAUGUACCUUACUGUGAGAAGAUCCCAGCGUGUUUUGGACAGAGAGUUAAAAAUGAUACAAGAUCUAAACAUUCGAAAUCAGCGUGCCGUAUAGUUUAAUAAGAAUGAAGAAGCAUGUAAACUAAAUUUUAUAUUAUUUCAGUCCCACUAUAACAUUUGCCCAGUCAUGUCUAGAAAAACCAGUACAUAAACA